UACAAGUUCGGGUUCGGGUUACCACUUUUACCGAUGCCGAUGGAAGGGAAAGGACAUCAUCUCAUAAAGACGGUUGUUAAAAAGUGUCCAAGUACAGUAUUUUACAGUAAAUACACCAGAAAAGUUCCGUAUAAGAAAGUUGAUAGACCUCAAAAUGUCUCUGAAUUGAUAAGGCAGGCAAUUGAUGGUUUUGAAGAUGUCACAUUUGUACCAUACCGUUUGGUUGGCUAUUGCUUGGGACGCUCAUUUACUCAGUCAUCAAUUGAAAUAGAACCAGUUGAUGGACAAGUAAAACGCAAAGGCAUACAAACAUAUAUAUCAGUCCCAGCAGCAGAGGGAUUCCAUUCCAUUUUUAAAAAUGGAUUUGAACAACUGCAACAAAGUAUUGAUGGGAAUAUUACUAGUCAUGAUACAGAAUCUUCAAAUGAAGACAGUUUGGAGUAUUCAAUUAAUGAUUUUAAGGCAGGAUUCCUAAGGAAAAUAGAUUUCCAUGAAAAGUGUUUGCAGGAGAUUCGGGACAUACCUUGGCAUAUUCAAGAACCAGAGUUGUUUGUUACUGAACUUCUAGCUAAUCAUCUUUUUUCAAAACUGACUAUGUCAUCUUUUGUCAUAGCAAAAGAUUACCAUACAAAACUAUCAAAAUGUCCAUGUGGCAGAUGUAAUGAUACAAUACAGUUUGAUAAUUUUGGAAUUGGAAGUGAAUGGCUUUGGUACGGGAAACCUGAUAUUGUUGUUUACAAAAAUGACGAUGAAAUAAACAGCAUCGCUGCACCUCAAUCAAAUGAAGAUGAAAGAGAGGACAAGGAAUUGAUAAAAGAGUUAGAUUUUGAAGAACAGCAGAUAAUUGAAGUUCAGAAACAGUCAGAGAUAUUGAGAUAUCCCAGUAACGUAUCACAGUUUGUGGCUCAUGCUAUUACAUUUUCAUAUUAUCAAAAAGCCUUCCAACAUAGACAUAGAGAAAUAGAGAAUUUACAAAAUAAAGUUUCUCUUGUGCCGCUAAUUGCUAUAAGUGGAAACUUUUUUGAUAUCUAUUUGUAUGAUUGUGAAAAGGAUAUAUUGUUAAGGAAUGCAAAUCAGAUUUCUUUGUGGAAUGAACCGGAUUUCAAAUGUACAACUGAUUUUGAGUUUCCAGAACCGACAUUAAAUUUGUCAUCUGUAAUAAUGAUUUGGAUGAUUAUGAAUCAUUUGAUAAUUAAGCCUAGUCUGUCUGACGAGACUGUCCAAAGAUUAAAAAAAUCAUGUGGUCUUGAUCUGUCUUUGGAACUACAGAAGGCAAUUGGAAAAACAGUAAAACUUAAGAAGAAUUUUUAUCCAUUGAAAUCAUGUGGUAAUGAGAUUAUUGAACCUUAUUUCAGUCAGAGGUGGAAAGUCAAGAGUCAACAGUAGAAAACGAAAAGAUCCAAGACAUUUUUUUUAAAUAAAAACUAUAUACUUUGUA